AUGGCGCGCGCUGGGCGUCUGCUGCUGCUGCUGCUGCUGCUCUCGGAGCUGUCCAAGUUCUUGGUGUCGAGCGGGAAGAACCAGCUCCUGUCCCACAAGGUGAUCGGGGAGCCCUGCCAACAGCACUCAGAAUGCCAGAGCAACUGCUGCACCACCAACAGCCUGAACCCCCAGAGGUUCUGCUCCCCCCAGACCAUCUUCCUGCAGUGCCUAUCCUGGCGAAAGCCGAACGGGCACACCUGCUUGGACCACCUAGAGUGCCGGAGCAGGUGCUGUGUCACAAAUAACUAUGCAGCGCAGAUGUUCUGCACGCGCAAGACCAUCUUCCUGCAGUGCGUGCCAUGGCGCAAGCCAAACGGGGUCUACUGCACCGACCACAGCGAGUGCCAGAGUAAGUGCUGUAUCAGGCUGAACGAGGCCAGCCGCCAUCGGUGCAUCCCCCAGAGCGGCCUCCUGGUCCAGUGCCUGCCCUUGUUUGGAAUUCUGCUCAGUUGGUACAGACUCCGAGAACACCGCACGAUCCGCACGAGGGUCCACACAAGGGUCCUUGCGGCCAGAGCCGGCCAGUCCCGAGCCGGUGCCCCUGGAGCCGGGGAGCGCUCGACGGUCUGCUCCGUGGGCUCCUGCCGGAACCUCCUCCCCAGGCGGGCCCGGCAGCCCGCGGCGCUUGCAUAG